AUCCCCCACCCCGCGUAGCGAAACGCCGAGCGCGGUGCCGAGCGGAGCUGCCGCCUCGCGCUGCCCGUGCCGUGCCGCCGCCGCCGCGCUGGGCGGGGUGUGGCCUCGCCGUUAUUUAUGAGCUCCAGCCCCGCUCCGCUCCGCUAAUGAUGCACCGGAGGCCGCGGAGCCGUGCCUCGGUAGCGCGGCGAGGGCAGGGCAGCGCCUGUAACUGGAAACCAGAGCGGUCACCGUCACCGCCUGGCCGCUUCCCAUUCACUCCUAGGUGCUCAACUGCGGACUGGGGAGAAGCGCUCCUGGUGCCUUAGGAGUGCGGCUGUAAGGAUUGUUUUACGGAGGAGCCGGGAGUACCUUUGCAACCACUGGGAGGAGAGACUUUCCUUUAUUUUCUUUUUCUUGUUUUAUUUUUUUGUUCCCCCACAAUGAGCCAGGUUUGGAAUUAAAGUGUUCUGGUAGCAGCACUGGAGUCUGUAAACUGAUAGAGACCAGAUAGAAAUCUGUAUUACUGGUUCCUCCAAUAGCUGGGUUUUGUUUCUUGGAUAUUAAGUUGCAAAUCUGAAGAGAUGGCAUCUCUUGCACUGCACGUGUUGAUUGGGAUAUUUAUUUACUUUAGCAGUGUAAAAGGAUCUUCCCAGCCUCAAGCACGGGUGUUCUUAACAUUCAAUGAGCUGCAAGAAACCAAGACCUCUGAAUAUCACAGAAUAUCCCACAGUCCCCUAGAUUACAGGAUAUUAUUCAUGGAUGAAGAUCAGGAUCGGAUCUACGUGGGCAGCAAAGAUCAUAUUCUGUCAUUGAAUAUUAAUAAUAUAAGCCAGGACCCUCUCAGUAUUUUCUGGCCAGCAUCGGCAAACAAGGUUGAAGAGUGCAAAAUGGCUGGCAAAGAUCCUACACAUGGCUGUGGAAAUUUUGUGCGUGUGAUACAGUCAUACAAUCGCACGCACCUCUAUGUGUGCGGCAGCGGCGCCUUCAGCCCCGUGUGUGUCUAUGUCAACAGAGGACGCAGGUCCGAGGAACAAGUCUUCAAGAUCGACUCCAAGUGUGAAUCAGGAAAGGGACGCUGUUCCUUCAACCCUAAUGUGAACACGGUGUCUGUUAUGAUCAAUGAGGAGCUUUUUUCAGGAAUGUAUAUUGAUUUCAUGGGGACGGAUGCGGCCAUUUUUCGGAGUCUGACCAGGAGGAAUGCAGUGCGAACCGACCAGCACAACUCCAAGUGGCUGAGUGAGCCUAUUUUUGUGGAUGCUCAUGUUAUCCCAGAUGGCACUGACCCCAAUGAUGCCAAGAUCUACUUCUUCUUCAAAGAGAAACUCACAGACAACAGCGGCAGCACAAAGCAAAUUCAUUCCAUGAUUGCGAGAAUAUGCCCAAAUGACACGGGUGGUCAGCGUAGUCUCGUGAACAAGUGGACAACAUUCUUGAAAGCAAGACUUGUGUGCUCAGUAAUGGAUGAAGAUGGAACAGAAACGUACUUUGAUGAAUUAGAGGAUGUGUUUCUUCUAGAGACAGAUAACCCCAGAACAACCCUUGUGUAUGGGAUUUUUACAACAUCAAGCUCCAUAUUUAAAGGCUCAGCCGUGUGUGUGUAUCAUCUGUCUGACAUCCAGACUGUGUUCAAUGGGCCAUUUGCACACAAGGAGGGCCCAAACCACCAGCUGAUUCCAUAUCAGGGCAGAAUUCCUUACCCACGACCCGGCACCUGUCCAGGAGGAGCCUUCACACCUAAUAUGCGGACAACCAAAGAGUUUCCAGAUGACGUUGUGACCUUCAUCAGGAAUCACCCUUUGAUGUUUAAUCCCAUUUAUCCAAUACACAAGAGGCCAUUAAUCAUCCGGAUAGGAGCUGACUACAAGUAUACAAAGAUCGCUGUGGAUCGAGUGAAUGCUGCUGAUGGGAGGUAUCACGUCUUGUUUCUUGGAACAGAUCAAGGAACCGUACAAAAAGUUGUUGUCUUACCCACCAACUUCUCUGCAAGUGGAGAACUCAUAUUAGAAGAGCUGGAGGUUUUUCAGAGUAAUUCUCCUAUAACAACAAUGAAGAUUUCAUCUAAAAAGCAACAGUUGUAUGUGAGCUCAGAUGAAGGGGUCACUCAGGUAUCCUUGCAUCGCUGCCACAUCUAUGGGACCGCCUGUGCUGAUUGCUGCUUAGCCCGAGAUCCAUACUGCGCCUGGGAUGGCAACUCCUGCUCCAGGUUUUAUCCCACAGGAAAAAGGAGGAGUCGUAGGCAAGACGUGAGACAUGGAAACCCUCUGACUCAGUGCCGAGGUUUCAACCUGAAAGCAUACAGAAACGCUGCAGAAAUAGUUCAGUAUGGAGUGAAAAACAACACCACCUUUCUUGAAUGCACACCCAAAUCUCCUCAGGCGUCUAUUAAAUGGCUGCUACAGAAAGACAAUGACAGGAGGAAAGAGGUCAAGCUGAAUGAGAGGAUCAUAGCUACUGAGCAAGGACUGCUCAUUCGCUCUGUCCAAGACAGCGACCGGGGGCUUUACCACUGCAUUGCAACAGAGAACAGCUUCAAGCAGACCUUAGCAAAGAUCAACUUCAAAGUGCUGGAUUCAGAGAUGGUGGCCAUCAUGACUGACAAGUGGUCCCCUUGGACCUGGGCCAGCUCAGUGCGAGCACUGCAGUUCCACCCAAAGGACUUUGUGGGAGCUUUCAGCCACUCAGAAAUGCAGAUGAUUAACCAGUACUGCAAAGACAGUAGACAGCAAGGUCAGCAGAGGGAAGAACCCCAGAAGAUGAGAGGGGACUACAGCAAACUAAAGGCCCUUAUCAAUAGCAGGAAAAGUAGAAAUAGAAGGAAUCAGUUACCUGGAUCUUAAUUUUAUUUUGUAGUAACAGAUAUCUUUGUUCUCACUGUAGGGGGCUUGUAUUUGUCUAUUGAGAACAAAUUUGAGCAAAUCUGAUAAAAAAAAUUAAGUGAAAAUUCAACGAGUCUCGGAAAAGAUCCAUCUCCCAAAAAAAUGCAGUGUAACUUAACUAAAGAAAAUAAUUCAGAGCAUUUUCUUUCCUAGAUGCUUACUGACUAGGUUAGGCUCUGUCCUAGAUUCAGAACUGGGUAUUCGUCUUAAACCAGAUUCACCAUUAACAUCUCAGUAUUUAAUUACAGCUGAAUAGAAGGUUUUACAAAAUCAAUGCAUUAUAUUGCAACUCUGAAACUGUACCAACCAGACUGCUGGUGAAAGAAUCUGGAUUAAAAUGCAUGCUCAAAGCAGGAUGGUACUAAGAUUUCCUUGCACUGCAUAUAAGAACAUGAGUUUCUUCUUGUUUACUAUUUUAUAUUGGGUUUACAGCUUUCACUCAUUGUUCAAAUCAUGCGAAUGCAUGCUGAUAGGAAGCAAGGAAAGUAUAGUAGAAAUGUUUCAUUCGUUCAGAGGUCAAAUGAAGGAAUGAGUAGGAGCAAGACAAAAAUUAUACUUUAUCAGAGGAAACACUGAUUAUUGUGCAUAGUAUGAGUUGUAAUAAAUUAAUAAUGAGUUCUGGAAUGUAACUUAAAAUAUCUCUGCUCAUAUUGAUUUUUAUUAAAAUAGGGCAUCCUAUAACACUACAUAGCUUUAUAAGUGGCACUAAGCUAACAUGAGAAUGUUCAUUAUACAUACAGUUUUGAAGAACACCUACGUGACUUAGGUAUUUUAGCUAUUUUUUUUAAGAAUUACACUCCUCUUUUUUUUUUUUCAAAGGGCAGAAUAUGGGUAUACCGUAUGGUGUUUACUUGGAAAUGAAUAAUACAGGUUAUCUUCAAUCUGUUCCAUGAUUGAAUUAGAGUCGAUGUGCAAUGUGGAAACAAGUCAUGCACAUCUUUGAAAGUUUCAAAACAUUAUUUUUACAACUGUUUUCUCAAAGUUGCAAAUAUUUAAACUAGAAUUUUGAAAUUAAACCAUUUCCAUUUUACAGUCUUUGUACCCUUUUUCUUUCCAAUGUUAUUUUCACAGUUUCCUCUUAUUUUUAGUUUUCUGCUGAAAAUGAGAUCAGGAAAAGGAAAAAAGAAAAUGAGGUAAAAACAAAAAUAAAGAAUGGAUUUGGGUCAAAAUUUAUGCAGAAAUACUUUUGUUUAGGAAGCAGCUGUCAGGUCUAAUAAGUAUGUUUAAUGGAAAACUGGGUAAAUGUUGCAUCAAGCCAUGCUGGGAAAAGCUAUCGCUUGCUUUUUUCGAGCAACACCAGUGCCAGAAAAUAGGGACAAAUCCUCCUCAUUGGCUAUGUAAGAGUAUUCCAGAAGCCACUGAGUCUGUGUAAAGGGGAUGAGAUAGAUAACAGGGAUUAAAAAUAUGAGUACCUUAGAGAAAUUAUGAUUUAUUCCAUUAUCUUUUAUGAUAGUAUACAAAAAUAUAAACUAAUGUUCAGCUCAAAACUGAGCUGUUAAGCUCAAAAAAAAAAAAGCUAUAUUUCUGUUUAAAAAAAAAAAAAGUGAAAAUAAUUUCUGAAUCCAGAGAAGAUAAGAAAAAGAUAUUUUUAAAAAGUUGAUAGUUCCAGCCAGUAGCAGAUGGAUACUGUAUUUUAAAACAUAGUUUUAAACAGUUUAAUGGGUCUUUGUUGAAACUCUUUGGGCAUUAUUUUGAUUCUGCUUCUAUUAGAAUACUCUGGGAGUAACUCUACAGCAUGUAGAACACCUCUGGAUUUAUGCCAGUAGGAAUUAAGAUCUAGUGCAAUGGAGGUAACUCCGGUAUUUACCUGAUAUCAGUUACUUUAUCAGUAACUUUAACAUUAUAAGUGUCACUUUGUCACCACGUGACGCAGAACAGCUGGGACAUUGGCCCUGAUUGAUCAAACCGCUUAAACACUGUCUCUUUGAUGCUGGUGGGAGCUCUUGGAAUUUAAAUUGUGUGCUUACUGCUUGCUUCAAAGGGGAUGGCAAUGCCAGCUUGCUCAUAUAUUGUCAUCUAGUUAAGUGCUUUCCUUAAUCAAGGCCUAAAUACAUAUUUCUGCAACAUGUAGCCACUGGUAUUUAAGGUCCUUUUUAUGGAAACCAUCAGGAAACUUUGACUAGAGAGCUUGGUGAGCUUGGAUCUGGCCCCAAGAGCUGGCAAAGCAGACUUUGGAGUUAAAAAAAAAAAAAAGGAAAAUAAGAUGGUUAAGGAAAAAUAAGGGGUUUAUUUAUUUCCCCCCCUCUCCCCCAGCUGACAUUCAGUGCAGCAAACUACUCUUUUUAUUUUUCUGAGGAUGACUGACUUCUGAAGUGUGUAAGUAACAAACCAAAAAUCGAGUGCCAUAAAAUAGAACUACCUCCUGGAAUGACAUCAGUGCAUAUACUCUGUAUGCUGCCAUGCUCUUUCUAUAUCCCCAGCAGAUUCACUGCAGAGUUAGUGUGAUAUUAACGUCUAUUGCGAGGACCAUAAUUGUUUCCAGAUGGAAUAUGGUGAUUAAUAGGUAUUUAAGGGUACAAUUUACCCUUUAAGUGGUUAGCUACAGUGAUAUUUUAAUAGCCCCCCCAUUAGGCCUCAGAAAUUACAGUUACACUGUUUUCUAGUAGAACAUUGGCAAUAAGGGAUUCCGUUAAAACAAUCAGCAUAGCUCAGAGUUUCAUAUGAUUAUAAAAUAAUAUUUUUAAAGCUGCUUCAUAUACCAUUAUUAUGGUAUGACUGUUUAAGGGAUUAUACUUAAACUAACAUUUUUCCUGCUGCAUGAAAACUUCAGCAUAUAUAUAAUAAACUUCUGUCAGAGCGUAACUGGUCCAAGCUUCCAUGCUUUAGCAGCCUUCCCUUGUGUAUAGAGUAGUCAGGAGCCAGAUGCUCAGCUGGUAUAAACUAAUGUGACUUCCUCACUGUCCAUUUAGCUACUGCGGUUUAUACCAGUUGAGGGUUUGGCCCUCAGUGUACAGAAAAGACAAACUGCAAUUUUUAUUUCUUUAAAGCAGCCCCUCUACUGUAGGUAACACCAAAACUUAAGACUGUAAUAUUGUUUGUGCUAUUUAAUACUUCCUAUUUUGAAGAUUACUAAAUAAUGUAUAUAAUUUUAUUCCUUAAGAAAUACAAAAGCAAAAUGACUUCUAGGCAAAGCUUCACCAAAUGUAAAGAUAUGUUCUCUGCUAAGAACUUCACCGUGUACUGAUAUUUUUUGGCUAUUUUUAUUUUGUGUAGUUUGUAAAGUUUGCUGAAAUCUUGACCUAACAAUGUGUUCUUUGCAGUUGUUGUUACUGUAGAUAUGCGUGUUUUAUUAAGAAAUCUUGUUUUUAAAAAGUGUAGGUAUGUGUAUAAGUUCCUAGCAUGAUGAAACUGUCAUUACAGUGAAUAUGCAUUAUAUAGCGUGUAAGAAAGAACAAAAUGUAGUUUAACAUAGUGCUAUUUAAUUGAAUAUCUAAAAUACUAUUUGCCUGACAAAAUAAAGUGUGUUGCAACAACUUAAAAA